AUGUACGCCUGGACACUGGCAUGUGUUACUCUACUUUGGAGAUAUGGCGCGACCGCAUCACCUCCUGGAUAUCCAGAUAGCGCCGGCUUCCUCAACCCAGGUCUUGUGCCAUUGGAAAUAUCUGCCAUAAACACAGAUGUUCUGCUGCCGAACCUCAGCAAUCAAUGGCAGAUAUCUCAAACGAUUCAAGACAUUGCUCUCUCCACCCCUGAUCAGAUGAGAGCACUACUCGGGGAUCCUUUGCACAUCAAUGACACCUUCAAAAUCGAGUGUGUCCUCUGUGCAGCGCCUGGGCACACCUCGAACGAAAGUACUGUACACAUCAUGUCGCCCGGAAUGGGCUUCCAAAAACACUACUGGGAUACCGGAAACUACAGCUACGUUAACAACUUCCUCAAAACUGGAUAUGUGACAUUUGCGUACAGCCGCCUUGGAGUAGGCAAUUCCGAUCAUCCCAAUCCACUCCAAACUGUCCAGGCACCUGUGGAGAUCGAGAUCUUGCAUGCAUUGAUUGAUGCUCUGCGAAACGGCCAGCUCUCAUCGAAGCGCUUCUCAUCUAUUGUGGGCAUUGGCCACGGAUAUGGGGCGGCGAUCCAGCUUGGGGUCAAUCGAAAGUACCCUAAUGAUUUAAAUGCGAGUAUCAUCACCGGCUUGGCGGAUCGCCUUCAUCAUUCUGGCCUUGCGCUGCUGGGCACUGCACCUGCAGUAGCUUCCGAGAAUGCGCCAGCGAAUUUUUCAAACGAUCCUAUGGGGUACUUGGUGCAGAACGAUGCAGUAUCACUAGCUCAGUCGCUCCUACGUUGGCCGUUUGAGUCAGGCAUACUUGGAGAUGUCCUUAACAAUCGAGGCGAAUUCACAAUCGGCCAGAUCCUGACCUAUGCUGGUUCGAUAGCACCCGCGCCGCGGUACGAUAGACCGGUCGAUGUGGUCCUGGGCUCUCACGAUUAUAUUGCCUGUGGAAACUCUUGCGACCAGCUGUUCGAUCGAGCAGCCUUGUCGCUUGCCAAGCUCUUUCCAGCCGCUGCGAAUGGCAGUCAAAGCCUCGUUGUUCCGAAUGCAGGCCACUUGAUCAAUUUGCAAUACACAUCAUCGAUAAUGUACGAGCAGAUUGCGCAGUUUCUACGGAGUCAUGGCCUCUGA